GAUAGAGAGGACGCCGGAGAGCACCAGCGCCGCGCCGAGCGUCUUCUUCGUCCCCGGCGGGCCGGCCUCGUCGACGGCCGUAUGCUCCCGGUUGUCGUGAUCGAGCACUGACGGCGACGCCGGAGCCGGUGCUGGAGAAGGGGCGCGCCGCUGUGGCUCGGCACAUGUCUGCUUCUUGAUCUUGGGAGCCGGAGCGCGGCGGCUGUGAGGUGCUGACGACGAUGGCGAUGGGGGAGCCAGAGCCGGACCGGAGGAGGCUGUACCAGGUGUGGAAAGGAAGCAAUAAAUUCCUCUGCGGCGGGCGGCUUAUCUUCGGCCCGGACGCGGGGUCCCUGUUCCUAUCCACCGUAAUGAUCGCGAGCCCUCUGGUCGGCCUGUGCUUCCAGUGCGUCACCAAGCUCAACUCCAACAGCUCGGAGAAGCAGGCUCUUGGCAUGCCUGUCCUCGUCGCCACCAUCCUUCUUGGCCUAGCGGAUCUGGCGUUCCUGUUCCUGACGUCGAGCCGGGACCCCGGGAUCGUGCCGAGGAACGCGCGCCCGCCGGAGCGCGGCGGCGACGAUCCCCCCGCCGACGCCGACGACGUCGCCACGCCGUCCACCGAGUGGGUGAUGAGCGCGGCGAACCCGCACCUCCGGCUGCCUCGCACGAGGGAUGUUGCCGUCGCCGGCGGGCACGUCGUCCGGGUCAAGUACUGCGACACGUGCCUGCUGUACCGGCCGCCCCGGGCGUCGCACUGCUCCAUCUGCAACAACUGCGUCCAGAAGUUCGAUCACCACUGCCCAUGGGUCGGCCAGUGCAUCGGCCUGCGCAACUACCGGUUCUUCUUCCUCUUCAUCUCGACGUCCACGUUCCUGUGCCUCUACGUCUUCGUGCUGUCAUGGCUGAACAUCGCCGCUCAGAGGGGGAGCCACGGUGGGUCGCUGCUCAAGUCCAUGACCGGUGAACCGCUGUCCCUCGUGCUCAUCGUCUACACCUUCGUCUCGGCGUGGUUCGUCGGCGGCCUCACCGUGUUCCACGUCUACCUCAUGAGCAAAAACCAGACGACGUACGAGAACUUCAGGUACCGGUACGACAAGAAGGAGAACCCGUACGACCGGGGCGUGGCGGCCAACAUCUCCGAGGUGUUCUGCGCCGGGAUGCCGCCGUCGAUGAACAAGUUCCGGGCAUGGGUGGAGCUGCCGGAGCCGCCGCCACCGGAGGCGUUCGACGGCGGGCCGCUCUCUUCGAGGAGCAAGAUCGACCUCGUUGGACCGAACGAGAAUAAGAUCGACCUGGAAAUGGGGCAGCACAAGGGCGCCGGCGGCGUUCCGGCGAUCCUGCACGGGCUGCAAUACGCGGAGAUGGAGAGGGACGGUGUCAGCGUGCACGUCAAGGAUCGGCAGUCUGCGGAGGCGCCGGACCCGUUCACGAUCCCGGAGGCGGCGCCGCGACACGACGGCGAAGCUGAGUGAGGUAGUGAGUGGCUACUAUCGAUGACAAAGUGGCAGCAUUCGUUGGGAUUUUGGAACGGUGAUCGUCGUGUGUAAUGGUAUAAAACUGCAACGACGACCUUUUUGGGCACUGGGACUGGGAACUUGACAGUCUGAAAUUGGGACGCUCAGUUUAACUUGUCAGGUCUGCCGUGACCUGAUGUUGUUUCCAUGGAAUUGCACAGGAGAUGCACGUACUGUUGUGGAGGUUGGUUGUCAGGCCUUUUUCCCGCUGCUUCGGAAUGUAACUGAUUUCGUGUAAGAAUGAUAGAAAAUCAUCUUUGUUUGUGCGUUGUGGAGUGGUGAGUCGGUAGGAGCACUUCUGAUGUUUUUUUUUUCUUUUCACUGUAAGUGGACGAGCUACCGACACUCUGAAAAAGCUUCGUUUGCUUUUUCCUCA